UUUCGACACAGGAGGACAGAUUCAGAGCUCCAGAAAGCUUCGGUUUGCCAUCACUAGCUAAUAUCAAUAGCUAGAUCUAUCAUUAGCAAAAGCUAAAGGGGCAGUCAUGCUAAAGAGUCACGAGCAGUGCUAGUUGCAUUUUGAAGCUUACGCGCAUUCAGUUAAAACUAUAGUGGUUAAUAACAGGCGCACAGACACGCCUAGUAUGUGAAAACUUGCCAGUUUUGGCGAGCACUAAAUACUAAACUUACCAUUACUUCAUCCAGAAAAUCACGUAGUUUGAAAAGCUUUAAUUCUUUAAAAAUAUGUUACGUAUGCGUUUAUUUGUGUGCGUAAAUAUUCCGCGUACUUGAUGUGCUUGAGGCAGCCGUCAGAACUACAUUACCCAUGAGCACGGUUAUGUCACCACACAUCAGUGAAUGUGAAUCAACAUGGCAGCAGCCGCGGCUCUAUCUAGACUGGCCCGGCUGGGCUCAUACGGCAUUAGCAGAAGCAGAGGUUUAAUAUUUAACAGGAUACAGAGGAGGGGAAUCGCAGCCUGCAUUGACCCUUCUAUAGGUCUGACGGAUGAGCAGAAAGAAUUUCAGAAGGUGGCAUUCGAUUUUGCCGCCAAUGAAAUGGCACCACAUAUGGCAGAAUGGGACCAAAAUGAAAUCUUCCCAGUGGAAACCAUGCGAAAAGCUGCCCAGUUGGGAUUUGGGGGGAUUUAUGUGCAUCCAGAGGUGGGGGGCUCCGGGCUAUCUCGGCUUGACACCUCGAUCAUCUUUGAAGCCUUGUCCACAGGUUGCACCAGUACCACCGCCUACAUCAGCAUUCACAAUAUGUGUGCCUGGAUGAUUGACACGUUUGGUAGUAACGAGCUGAGAGAGAAGUUCUGUCCUGAUCUCUGCUCCAUGGAGAAGUUCGCCUCCUACUGUCUGACAGAGCCUGGCAGUGGCAGUGAUGCUGCAUCACUGUUAACCAGCGCAAAGCUACAAGGAGACCAUUACGUCCUGAACGGCUCUAAGGCUUUCAUCAGUGGAGGAGGGGACACAGAUGUGUAUGUAGUGAUGUGUCGUACUGGUGGGAAGGGUCCUAAAGGGAUCUCCUGUGUGGUGGUGGAGAAAGGAACUCCAGGACUCAGUUUUGGCAAAAAGGAGAAGAAGGUGGGUUGGAACUCCCAGCCGACGAGAGCUGUUAUAUUUGAAGACUGUGCAGUUCCGGUGACUAACCGGCUGGGAUCAGAAGGACAGGGCUUUAAUAUUGCCAUGAAAGGCCUUAAUGGGGGCAGAAUUAACAUUGCAUCCUGCUCUCUUGGAGCGGCUCAUGCAUCUGUUCUGUUGGCUCGAGAUCAUAUAAGUGUACGCAAACAGUUUGGAGAAACUCUUUCAAAUAGCCAGUUCCUGCAGUUUAAGUUGGCUGAGAUGGCCACCAGGCUGGUAGCGUCACGGUUGCUGGUCCGGCAGGCGGCUGUGGCUCUGCAGGAGGACAGGCCGGACGCUGUCUCGCUCUGCUCUAUGGCCAAGCUCUUUGCCACUGAUGAGUGCUUUUCAAUAUGUAACCAGGCUCUACAGAUGCAUGGGGGCUAUGGCUACCUUAAGGACUAUGCAGUGCAGCAGUUUGUUAGAGAUAUAAGAGUACAUCAGAUAUUGGAAGGUACCAAUGAAGUGAUGAGGAUGAUCAUUGCCAGGAAUUUAUUGACAGAGUCUUGAUCAUCUUAGGACUCCAAGCACAGAACGGACUCUCUCACACUGGUGCUGGGCUCUUGUGUACAACACUAACCACAUCUUCAUCAGUAUUCAGUCUCUGAAUGAAGAGAUUGAUGGGAUUUUACAGACUGUAGUCAUAGACGUCUCUAAAUUGUGCUUUUAUCGUAUAUUCCAUGAACUGGUCUAAUAAGAAAUCCCUGAUGAAUACGGUUUGGCAUAGAGAUUAUAUGUUUGAUUUCAAUCUGGUAUCUUUCCUUUUGUUUCAUAAUGUAGUUUCAUUGUAAGACCUUGGAUGCCUUUUUGUCCUGUACAUAUGCAUGGGAAGAGAGGAGAAGAGAAUAAUGUGCAUAUAGUUAUGGGUAGUAUUGACCUGUAAGGAUAUGAGAAACAUGAACAGACUUAUCAGCAUUCAUGUGUUUUCAUAGCAGAGAUAUGAAUAAGCUACAUUUUCCUUUGAGUAUACUGCGCCUGUUAACAAAAGAAAAACCCUUCAGUUGUACUUUGUCAAAGGUAAGGAUAGACACUGCUUUUUUGAUGCACAUGUGAAAGUAUAUAGACUGUUCAGAAUGUGCUAGCUUUAAGAUUUGCAGUACAUGUGGCUGACUGCAAUUAAGGGGUCCAAGCACUGCAACACAGUAGUGAAAUACUUGCAUGGAAGCACUUGUUAUUUGCUCACUGAAGAUCCAGCAUAAUUCUGUGUAGAGCUACUCUCGCUGAGUGUGUGUACUCUAUGGGAAGGGAAAGGUUUGAUUUGUUCAAUUCCAACCUCUUAAUUUUAUGUACCCUCUAGCUAAUAAUCUUAAACUCAGCUUUGGACCUGUUGAGUUUCAACAAAACAAAGUUGGAUUGUUCACCAGCUCUGUUUCUUCAGUGUUACUACAGCUUUGAUUUCCAAGAACCACCACCAAAUUUCCAUCGACGAAAUAUUUUGUGUGUAUGGGGUUAUUGGGCAGGUUACAUAUUUAUUUUUGGAAAAGUAAAAGUACAAUAGUGCAUACGGAAGAAAGUCAAAAAAGUCAUUCAAGUCUCCUAUCAUGCAUUUCAUAAUUAAACACAACUUUGAAAAUAAAGCACAAAAAUGUA